UUGCCGCCGCCGCCGCCAAGCGCGGAGGGAUACAGAGCAGGAACCUUGAACGUGGCGGUGCUGAGGCCCCGAAGCCCAAAAAAUGUCUGCCUGAGGGGAGGCCCCGCAAGUUCCGUCGAGACGGGGAGGGGGAGCAAGAAAGGCAGACCGGCAGGCACGGGAGGGGGAAGGAAAGGGAGGACACGGGCGGCAGGCGACGGAGCGGCCGAGAGCGAGGAGGGGAGGAGGAAGAAAGAAAAGGAAGGACGGGCUGAGGGAGAGGAGAGCGCGCGGCAUUCUCGCCCCUCCGCUCCGUCUUCCUCCGCUGCUGCUGCUGCUGCUUCUCUCCUGACUGACUCCGGGGCGGUGGCGACGCUGCCGCCGCCGCCGCUGCCUUAGAAGGAGAAGAGCCACUUGGACCCGGGCAGCGGGGCCGGGAACCGGGACUCUCCGUAAGUGGAUGAAGAUGAAUCCUCAGCAGCAGCGGAUGGCCGCUAUAGGGACAGACAAGGAAUUGAGCGACCUGCUGGACUUCAGCGCGGUAGGAUAUUCUUCGAAGGCUUCUUAUGGCUUCUCCACGAUGUUUUCUCCACCUCUUAAUAGUGGGAAAACUAGACCAACAACACUAGGAAGCAGCCAGUUCAGUGGAUCAGGGAACAACUGCACCCAAGCGUCUUGGAUGAUAUAGAAGAACUCCAUGAAACAGAAUAAGCAAGUAUGGGAGAACGAACAGGUGCUGCAUCUUGGGGAGCAAGUGGUCAAUCAAGUCCUUCAUAUGAACCUACAAGGGAAAAUGGUGGCCUCCUUGGAAAAAGCUCAGAUCUCUCAACAGCUCUUGAGAAGCUGAAACAUGAGGAGGGCUUUACAGACAGCCCUCAUUAUGGUGAUCACUUGAAUGAUAGUCGAUUAGGCCCUGAUGAAGGAUUGUCCCCGACACCUUUCAUGAACUCAAAUCUGAUGGGAAAGACAUCAGAAAGAACUCCAUUUCCAUUGUUUGGUCGAGAACCAGGACUCUCAGGCUGUCAGUCAAGUCUGAUUCGAUCAGAUAUUGGGCUUGGAAGUCCAGGUCUGAUGUCCUCGGGAAAAGCCGGAACAUCAUAUUACCCAUAUCCUUCCACAAAUCCACGACGAAGAUCACUUCAUGAUUCAUCUUCUCUUGAUUCUCUACAGACCAAGAAAGUAAGAAAAGUGCCCCCAGGUUUGCCUUCAUCUGUUUAUGCGCCAUCUAAUUCAGAUGACUUUAAUAGAGAAUCUCCAAAUUACCCGUCUCCUAAACCACCAAGCAGUAUGUUUGCUAGCACUUUCUUUUUGCAAGAUGGGACUCACAGUGCUUCAGACCUUUGGAGCCCUUCCAAUGGAAUGAGCCAGCCUGCCUUUGGUGGAAUGCUAGAAAGUUCCUCCUCUCACAUGUCACAGUCCGGCAGUUAUGGCAGUCGACACACACAUGACCGCUUGAGCUAUCCCCCACAUUCAGUCUCCCCAUCGGAUAUAAAUGCCAGUCUUCCUCCGAUGUCUAGCUUCCACCGGGGCAGUACCAGCAGUUCAUCGUAUGUUGCCUCACACACACCACCUGUCAAUGGAUCAGAUAACAACAACAUACUGGUCAACAGAGGCAAUGCUGCUGGAAGCUCACAGACUGGGGAUGCUCUUGGAAAAGCCUUGGCAUCUAUUUAUUCACCUGAUCACACUAGCAGUAGUUUCCCUUCAAAUCCUUCAACACCUGUUGGAUCACCAUCACCUCUCACAGGUGCCAGUCAGUGGUCAAGGACUGGAGGACAAGCCCCUUCCUCUCCAAACUAUGAAAAUUCUCUGCACUCUUUGAAAAAUCGAGUUGAGCAACAACUUCACGAGCAUUUGCAAGAUGCUAUGUCAUUCUUAAAGGAUGUCUGUGAGCAGUCCCGGAUGGAGGAUCGCUUGGACAGACUCGAUGAUGCCAUCAAUGUGCUGAGGAGCCAUGCGGUGGGGCCUUCAACGAGCCUGCCGAGCGCCCAUGGAGAGAUACAUAGUUUACUGGGAUCUUCCCACAAUGGGCCAGUUAGUAGUUUGAACUCAAAUUAUGGAGCAUCCAGCCUUGUAACCACCAGUCGGCAAGCCUCAAUAGUCAGUGCACACCGAGAAGACAGUGUCAGCCUCAGUGGCAAUCAUUCGGGAUUGUCCAGUGCCCUUUCUGCUCAGAAUUCUGAACUAAACCACAAAGCACAAGAAAGCUACAGAGUGCUGUCAUCUGGGUUGCCGAACCACUCAGUAGCAUUAGGUCCGGCUGAGAUCAAGUCAGAGCACAAGGAGAAAGAUGAAAACACACAUGAACCUGCCUCCUCUGAUGAUAUGAAAUCUGAUGAUGAGUCCUCCCAAAAGGAUAUCAAAAUCUCAUCAAGAGGAAGAACAAGCAGCACUAAUGAAGAUGAGGAUUUAAAUCCGGAACAAAAGCUGGAGCGGGAGCGAGAGAGGCGGAUGGCCAACAAUGCUCGUGAGCGCUUGCGGGUCCGAGAUAUUAACGAAGCAUUCAAAGAGCUGGGCCGUAUGUGUCAACUUCAUCUGAAGAGUGAGAAACCUCAGACCAAGCUGCUUAUUCUUCACCAGGCUGUGGCAGUCAUCCUCAGUCUCGAGCAGCAAGUCAGAGAGAGGAACCUAAACCCAAAAGCAGCCUGCCUUAAGAGAAGGGAAGAAGAAAAAGUUUCUGCCGUAUCGGCAGAGCCACCAGCAUCACAUCCAGGAAGCCAUCCUGGACUUAGUGAAACUACCAACCCUAUGGGUCAUAUGUAAACAACAGCCAGAAUUCCAGAAUCAUGGGGAGGAAACCUAGAAGGUGACCUGCUUUUCUUCACAAGGACACAGACUCAAAAUUGAACGAAGACACAUCUGAUAGGAGACACAAGAAACCCAAAUGCAAUUAUAUGGUUAAAGUAACUGGUGACCAACUGCAUCAGGGUGAUGAUGCCAACAGCAUCUCCUCCUGAUAGAAUUUCAGCACCAGAAAUAUUCUGUGCAUCUCCUCCUCCUCCUCCUCCUCCUCCUCCUCCUUGUCCUCUUGCAAGCAGCAUGCCGCUCCAGCACAAUCAGAGACUCUUUGAUCCCUCCACUCGCUGUGGAAGUUGCCUUGUGCCUAAACUGAAUUGACAAAUGCAUUGUAACUACAAAUUGUUAUUUAUUUGUAAUGGAACUGUGAAGGUCUACAUAUGAAGGGAAAUGUUAAGCUGUUCAAAGCUGAUGGGAGUUCAGCUGAGAGGUUGGUGUUAAGAGAGCAGAACCACAAACACUUCUAACCCUUCACAUUCCCAGCAUACUUGUGAAUGUCUUAAAAGAAAGAAGGGACAAGGGCUUCUGUCAUUCUUCCCAUUCCUUUGGCUGUUUGAUGCAUGUUUUCCUUAGUAUGUCUUUUUAUUUUUUAAUGCUUGCCAGCCCUCUCAGGCACAGUUCCUUAUUGCAAAGGUGUUCACGUUCCAAGUGCAAGGCAUGAACCAUACUAUGGUCACAGCGUUUCUUGGAAUGAAAAGAAGUGAUGUACUAUUGAUUUCUCAAACCCUUUAGACAGUUGGGGUUCCUAGUACAAACUUACAAUGUGAACUGUAAAAUGGGGGGGGGGGCAACCAACUUGGAACUGCUUUGUUUUCUAAGCAGUAAGUAUAAGUAAAUGGUUGUAAGCAUAAAAUACAUUAAAAUGCAAAGGAGACUUACUUACCUGUUGUAAAGUCUGGUGAGCAGUCCGAUCUGAAGUUUGUUGUGGCAGGAGUAGGGUGAGUGGAUCUGACCACUGGGAUACAAGAGCAACAGCCAAUCUGUCCUUACACUUUAGCUUAAAAAUUGUCAUCUAGUUUACCUGCAAAGAAGGUUGGGAUGGGAUCCUAUCAACUUCUUGCCAAACAUCUUUGUCCUAGAAAAUAAGCUGCAUCAGCAAUAUCAGAAUAUGCUGCAGCUUGACCUGAAUGGUCCUUAAGUCUUCCCUUCUUGCUCCCUCUUUUGGGGAUAUCCCAGCUCCUUUGAACUUCCAUAAAAGCUGUCUUCCACUGUAGCACCCCAGAGUGUGGCGGAGAGGAA